CAACCCAAGUGAUACGUGCAGAGCUUCGAUGGGGCUGUGGUGGAUUGUAGAAAGAACUGCAGCCUGCCCUGAGAUUCUGGGACCCCCUGGUUACUUUGGAGAACCCCCAUCCAUUCUGAUCUGAAUCGAUCCACCAGCCCCUUCUUCCUAGAUCUCAGUCUACACCAGACAAAGUUGUCUACCUGCUAAAUCCAUCCACACUCUCCAUCUGUAAACAACCCAGCACAGCGUCAUGGAGGAUGAGCUCAUGUUUAGCAUGGAGGAGGAGGGCAGUGCCACGAGACCCCAAGUUCCAGGGAAGACCCCUAGCCAGAGGAACGCCUCUCAAAGGGUCUGCCCUGCCAGCGACACUGAUGAGGAUGAUGAUGAAGACUUCGUCCUCUACCCUAUCCUGGGCGAUCCAAAAAAGGAUAUUGUCGACUACCUCCAGAAUCUGGUUGUCAACAAACAGCUGUCAACCUCCCUGCCAAAGAAUGACUUUUUGUACAAGAGUGAGGCCGAGCCGUUGUCAGUGUCUCAGCCCAAAUCCGGCACGCCUGUUUCUGAGCAUGCAAGGGCAGCGUGGAAACAUGCCAUCGAGAAGGCCAAAGCCAUGCCUGACCCCUGGGCUGAGUUCCACCUGGAGGAGAAGAAGACAGAGCUGUGCACGCGCUACAGGUACAACGCUGUCACUGGGGAAUGGGCCCAAGACGAAGUCCAUAUAAAAAUGGCGGCCCAGCCCUUUGGACGUGGCGCCAUGAGAGAAUGCUUCAGGACGAAGAAGCUGUCCAACUUCUCCCACAGCAACAACUGGAAGUCGGCCGCCAACUACGUGGCCAAGAGCUACAUGCAGCCGGUGGAGCGGGACGUGUACUUUGAGGACGUGCGGCUGCAGAACGAGGCCAAGCUGUGGGGCGAGGAAUACAACCGCCACCGCCCGCCCAAACAGGUGGACAUCAUGCAGAUGUGUGUGGUUGAGGUCACCAGCAGGCCCGGCAAGCCCGUCUUCCACCUGGAGCACUACAUAGAGGGCAAGUACAUCAAGUACAACUCCAACUCGGGCUUCGUCAGGGACGACAACAUACGCCUCACGCCCCAGGCCUUCAGCCACUUCACAUUCGAGCGCUCGGGCCACCAGCUGAUCGUGGUGGACAUCCAGGGGGUGGGGGACCUCUACACGGACCCCCAGAUCCACACAGAGAGGGGUGACGACUUUGGAGAUGGAAAUCUGGGUGUGCGGGGCAUGGCGCUGUUCUUCCACUCUCACCUGUGUAACAAGAUCUGCAAGAGCAUGGGCCUGACGCCUUUUGACCACUCCUCUUCCGAGAAGGCCCAGCUGGACGGCACCAACAAAUUACUUCGGUCGGCCGAGACGGUGCUGAGGGGCUGUGAGGAGCAGUGCGGGUCUCCCCGCGUGCGCACCUUCUCCGCGUGCCGCGUCCCCCCGCUGCUCUCCCGCCUGUCGGAGACCUCGUCCGCCGACGACAGCGUGAGCGAAGGGGGCGACUCUGUGCCCUGCUCCCCCCACUUCAUGCCCUGCUCCCCCAUGGCCAUCCCCAGCUCCAUGGGCAGGUCCCCCAGCGCAUUCACAAGCCAGUCCUACAACAGCAACGAUGAUCAAGAGAGAUACGGCAACAGCAACACAAAUGAUAACCAGGGGUCGGAGAGCGGUGGAGACAGUGGUUACCCCAGCGAGCGGAGGAGUGAAGGGGAUCCCCCGGAUCACGUAGACGGGAGGAAGAUGGUAGCUUCCAGCAGACUCUCUGCAAACGUAUGCGUUGGCACACCACAGAUGGAAUCGCUGACAGAAGAGAAAUGGAGCUUCUACCAUACUGCUAGAGCUCAUAUCCACCGUUCGUCUUGCGUGGCCGUUGAGAUGGAGAGGCUCAACUCUGCCCUGCAGGAGAGGAAGAUUGGACAGUCUGUCCUGGGCAAGGUCCACCUGGCCAUGGUUCACUACCACGAGUCGGGCCGCUUCUGUGAGAAGGACGAGCCCUGGGACAAGGACUCUGCGCUGUACCACCUGGAGCGGGCCUCCAUGUGCGGGGAGCUGCAGGCCAUCGUGGCCCUGGGUCAGUGCUACAUGCAGCUGCCCCACCACAUCCUGACCGACGUCCAGCUGGAGGAUAACGCAGGGAACAAGAUGAAGGGCUUCAAAUACCUGAUCCAGGCGGCCAAGGCUGGGGACAGACACUGUAUGAUCAUGGUGGCCAGGGCCUUCGACACCGGACUCAACCUGUCAGCCGACAGAAAGCAGGACUGGGCGGAAGCUGUUUUCUGGUACGCCAGUGCCCUAGACAUGUGUGAGGAUGAUGAGGGGGGAGACUUUGAUGGGCUGCAGGAUGACCCGCGCUACAUGGUCCUCGCAAGGGAGGCCGAGAUGUACCAAGAGGGGGGCUUCAACCUCACCGCAGACCCCCAGAAAGCAGGCGAUCUGUUUACCGAGGCUGCAGAGGCGGCCAUGGAGGCGAUGAAAGGGCGGCUGGCCAACCAGUAUUACAUGAAGGCGGAGGAGGCUUGGGCACUGAUCGAGGAGGAGGAGGAGGAGUAGGGAGAAGGCGGAUGAAUGCGUCUCAUUUGAUAAUGCAUGUUUUUUUAACAAAAAAUCAACACAAAGGGGAAAAGAGUCAACUGAUAUGGCUUCAAUGUUUACAGUGUUCAAGUUUUUUUGUAAUAGGUCAAUGCCUUUUAUUUUCUCAAACUGACAAAUUCUCAGAUCUAUGUUUUUCUCAAAACAUCAUAUAUCCCUGCCUGGUUUUGACAGGAGAAUGUAUGUAUAGCGACAAGAUACCUGGUUCUUCAAAUGUUUUCUAUGCAAGAAUGGAGAAGCAUUAAUAAUUGUCUAUAUGGCACUUAAACAGCUAAAGUUUUGUUAAAUAAUGUUUUGCAUGGAUGCACUUGAUUGGGAUUAUUGGUUCAUUUGUAAAAAAUAAAGUUUUUUUGGCUUUAAUAUUCAA